AUGUUUGCACAUCGGAUUGAGAUGCCAAACAGAUCAUUCUUGAUCAGCAACAUCUCAGUCUUCAACAACAUAAUUGCCCGCUGCAGGAAGUUUGACGAGACGGAGUUCAUGGAGAACCCCUACAUCAAAGGCGGCCCUUGGAAUACUUGGGACCCGGUGACAGGCACAGACACCUCAAAGUCCAAGACACAAGCAACGACCGGUGGACAACCUGCAAAAACCACCACCAACCAGAACCACUUCAGGCGGCCGCGAAAAAUCAGCAGCGAGGCCAUUCUCCACCAGAGAAACGCGGCCCCGGCUAGGGAUCAGGCAGAUACCCACGUAGCCAGGGAUACAAAGGGAACAAAUACGACGACCGCAGCACUAGACGGGACCACCCAGGAAGGAACCAGUGGCUACCCGCCCCAUCACCUGACUGGGCAUUACUAA